AUGAUGAACCGGAAAGACAUCCAAAGUCUUGGCAGCGUCAUCAACCAGAACAAAGACACUCAGAGCCUGGAGGCACCUUCCCACCAGGACAGAAGGGGAGGGUGGGUGGUGGCGCCCGGCCUCCACCGGCCGGACCCGGAAAGGCCCGCCGGGCUCCGGCGCCCCAAGUCCCCUCGGAAGGGCGCCCGUUUCCCGGACACGGCUGCUCCCUUAGGUCGUCGAUCGAAAGGCGCGAACGGCCCGCAACUCCUACCGACGGUGGGGGCCCGGCCCACCCCACGCUUCCCGGGCAAGACCAGGGAGCCCUCGCGCGGGGGACCCCUCCGUCCGGGUCAGACACCGUCUCGGUCCGAGCCGACCGCGGGCGGGGCACCGAACCUGGGGUCUGCGCUCCUCGCCCCCCAAGAAGGAAAGGACGCGGGUGGGCAGCAACCUGGCCUGGCGCUUCCCCACCUCGCCGCUCCCGGGUGCAGCCUCACGCGGGGUGGUCCGUCGCGCCGGGAGCUGGAGGGGCGGAGGACAGGUGGACCGACGGCCGGGUCCAGUCCUGAAGGGCGGCCAUGGUCGGGAUGA